GUUAGCGGUAUGUUGACCCUCGUGACCGCGAAUCAUGCUUAUCCUCAAAACAGAAUACCGAAUAUCAACAAGGAAAAGAUAAACAAACACGAAGUAUACAUCCAUACCACCAGCAAAAAUCAUCCAUAACUAAAUUAAUAUCUAAUGGAACAACAACGACAGAGUAAUUUACUCACAUCCACAACAGUACCGAAUCUUCAACCACCUAUAUCCACAUCUUCAUCAUCAAAUUGGUUCAAUAAUCAUAUAAUGAAUUCAUCAUUUGAUGAAGAUGAUGAUCCUAAUGAUCAAAAUAAUUCAACAGAUAUUAGUCAUAAUGAUGAAGAUAAUGAGUUUUCUCAUCAGUUCACUCCUUCACCAAAACGAAUAUUAACUCGGGGAUUUACUGGAAUAUCAACUCCAUUGAAUAGACAUAAUAAUAUCUCCUUCUCAUCACCUAUAAAUAAAUUAAAUGAUCUCCAUAUAAAUUCGGACAUUUUAGAUGCAAUUGAUAAUGAUGAGAAUGAUGAUGAUGAUGAUAGCAGUAUUAAUGAUGAUAACUUAAAUGAACAUAGACCCAACCAUAGUAAUGAAUUUAAUGACAAUAGAACCAUUCCUGAAGAAAACGAAGAUGAAGAAAAUGAUGAAGAUAUAGGCAAUAAGACUAUAAUAAAUAAUUCUGAGUCAGAAUCGGAUAGUGAGAUUGAACCCAAUCUGAAUCUUAAUUCUCUAGAAGAUGAUUUACCUCCUCCAAAGUAUAUAAGUAUACGAAAACGUCAUCAUGUUGAUACUCCUACUUCCGCAUCAUCCUCAAUUAAAAACAAUACCAAUAAUAAUAGUAUUAUAAUUCAUCAUAAUCAUACACCAAUGUCCAUGUGUACAGAUAAUUCUUCACUAAUGGAUGCUAAUAAAUUAAGCUUUUCUACCAGUGAUUCGACUCCAUGUCCUCCACAGCCUAAGCGUAAGAAAUUAAAAUUUAAGAGUAGCUCAUCAAAUCUAACCAAGAAGAAGCCGAUCUUAGAUUUAUCCCAUUCCAUUAAAACAUCCAUUCUUCAAGCAGAAAAUAUAGCUACUUCAGAAGAUCAUAGCGAUAAUCAGGAAUCAGAAGUACAGAAUUACUUCCCUUCAAAUACGACACCUAUUUCUCAAUCUACUCCAUCAAACUCUCGAGCUUCAACUCCUCCCCUUCAAACCCAACCACAAUCCAAUCAAUCGAGUACUCGACCGCAAGUAGAAGAAUAUGGUGACUCAAUAAAUGGUUUUAGAUUCGUUAAAUCAAAAUCUAAAGCAACCACUACAACUACAACUACAUCGACAUCUACCAGUUCCCAUACUACGACUAGGAGGUAUAACUACAAUUAUGAAACCCCUAUUAACAAUAACAAAUACUUUUAUCAACAACAUUUUCAACAACCUUUAAAGACUCCCACAAGUAAUAUUAAAUCUUCAGGGAGCGCUUCAAAGUACCAAAUUAUGGGAGAAAUCCCUGUAACUGCAGCCGGAUUAAUGAAUGAAAGUGAUGAAGAUAUUCACAUUGGUGAUAAAAGGAUUAAUGACCCUUAUCUAAAGAAUGAGGUUGAGAUAGAAGAUAUCAGUAUGAAUGAAGAAUCAGAUAUUGUUCAUACGUAUAUUAAUGAUCAGACUAAUCAAUUAUUACCAUUACCAGCACCACAAUUUUAUCUUCAACCAAUCUCUGAUAAACAAUCAGUACUACAAUUAAUAAAUGAUAGUCAUUCAAUUGCCACGUUCUAUCAGAAUGUGUCACUAGUGACUUCUACGCCAAUAAUUGAUAUUUUAAGAAGAGAACGUAUCAAAUGGCAUCCAGAUAAAUGGGUCAAAUUAACUAUUACAGACGUGACACAUCCGUUUGAUAGUGAAAUAGUUGAUAACUUAUCCAAAGUUAUCAAUGGAAUGAUAAAGGAUUUGGAAUAGACAAUACAAUACAAUACAUUAUAUUUAUAUUACAUUAAGAUUUAUAUUUAUG